CAAUGGGAGCGGAGCGGGGUCGGGUUUUGCCGGGGCUGGGUAAAUAAGCUCACCGAACUCGGAGUGGUGCGGAGCCGGGUGCUGCAGAUGUGGCUGGGGGAGAGCGCUGCGCUGGGCCGGGUAAGCACUAUUUGUCUGAGGAUCUCCAAGCACUCCUUGAACAUCUGGCCUCACAUCUCCACUGUAAGGAAGGCACUGUAUGAGAAACUGAUGAUGAUCAUAUUCAUGAACAGCUCCGACAGUGAAGAGGAAGCCUGUAAUGAGAGAACAUCACUGAUAUCAGCGGACAGCCCCCCUGCAGCCUCCUACCAGGAUGGCCUGCAAGCACCAGAAGCAGCAGAAACGCAGACAUACAGGAAGAGGCGUACUGGUGGCAGUUGUAGCCCUAGUGAUGCUGACGGUGGUAAUUCUGACUCGGGAAUUCCAGUAAGAGAGAUUGCUGUGGACGAUAAGGAGGAGGAACUGACCCUGAAAUAUGGAGCAAAGCAUGUGAUCAUGCUUUUUGUGCCUGUCACGCUGUGUAUGGUUGUUGUCGUUGCCACCAUAAAGUCAGUGCGCUUCUACACAGAGAAAAAUGGGCAGUUGAUCUACACCCCUUUUAGUGAAGAUACACCUUCCGUGGGCCAGCGUCUCCUGAACUCCGUGCUGAAUACUAUCAUAAUGAUCAGUGUUAUCAUCGUGAUGACCGUGUUCCUAGUUGUGCUGUAUAAAUAUCGUUGUUACAAGUUUAUCCAUGGUUGGCUGAUUCUUUCAUCACUGAUGCUGCUGUUCCUUUUCACUUACAUCUAUCUAGGCGAAGUGCUGAAGACCUACAACGUGGCUAUGGAUUACCUCACCUUGUUCUUUGUCAUCUGGAAUUUUGGAGCAGUUGGGAUGAUUUGUAUCCACUGGAAGGGUCCCUUGCACCUUCAGCAGGCCUAUCUCAUUAUGAUCAGUGCGCUGAUGGCAUUGGUUUUCAUUAAAUAUCUGCCCGAAUGGUCAGCGUGGGUCAUUCUAGGAGCCAUUUCCAUUUAUGAUCUGAUCGCUGUACUGUGUCCCAGAGGGCCAUUGAGAAUGCUGGUAGAAACUGCACAGGAGAGAAAUGAACCUAUAUUUCCUGCAUUAAUAUAUUCUUCUGCUAUGGUGUGGACAGUAGGAAUGGCAAAGCAAGAUGCAGCAUCAAGGAGCCUUACUCAGCAGACAUGGGAUUCAGCUGAAGACGUGAGAGAGAUCCAUGACAAUUCUGCAUAUGUGGAAUCCGAAAUCUCUGAGGCCAGGAGUCCAGCACCAACCCAUCCAACCACUUCCUUAUUAGAGGAUCUGGAAGAGGAGGAAAGAGGUGUCAAGCUGGGCCUUGGAGACUUCAUAUUUUAUAGUGUGCUUGUAGGGAAAGCAGCUGCCACUGCUAGCGGAGACUGGAAUACAACACUGGCCUGUUUUGUAGCCAUCCUUAUAGGUUUAUGCCUGACUCUUUUAUUGCUGGCUGUGUUCAAGAAAGCAUUGCCUGCUCUUCCCAUCUCCAUCACCUUUGGGUUGGUAUUUUACUUCUCAACAGACAACCUGGUGCGACCUUUCAUGGACACCCUUGCAUCCCACCAAUUGUAUAUUUAAAGGUGAAGACAGAUGAGUAAAAUUUUUUUUUAAAGCCUUGCUGUGAAGUAUGGCAUUUUAAAUGAGGAAGUUGUAUAGUUUUACACUUAGUGCCAUAUAUUUUUAAGAACUUUUUUUACAACUAUCAUGGGAUACUUAAUAAAAUCUAGUAGCUAACAUCCGGGGCUUUUUCAAGGGAGUUAGGCACCCAACUCCUAUUGAAAUUCACAGGAAGUUGAGUACCUAACUUACUUGGGCUCCUUGAAAACCCAGCUUUGGCGUUGGUGCCUGAGCAGUACUUGAAUGCACUUGAUAUAAAUGUCACCUGGGCCCAAUUCUGGAAGCUUCACUAAAAUCUGGAUCUGGCCCUUUGUCUAAAAAAGUUGCUUACUAUUACCCUAAUGGGAUGUGACAAAUGAAAUCCUGCUUUGUAAAAACAUGUCCUUGGGUGGGAUCUAAAAGCAUGAACCUCUACAGGCUGAGCUAAAAGCUCAAAGACUGUGUACAAACUCAUAAACUCCUAAGUGGAUGAGCCACUCUAGAAGUGAGAGUUACAUUAUCCUAUCUUUUCCUGGCAGUUAGUGUUAAGAAACAUCUUUGUUCACCAAUUACAAACCUCAGAUGACCCAAAAGGUUGGAAAAAUGACAGAACUUCAAUUAAACUAGUUGACCUGUAACUUCCUGUGUGUAUUCUUGGUCUGAUUCCUGUGUGUAAUGUAAUCAGUAUAGGGAGAACUGUUAUAAAGAGAUUCUUACGCUGACCUAGGCUUAACUUAUCUCUUUUUUUUUUUUUUGUAUUGGUUUAAAUACUUUUUAUGACAAGCUUAGAAAAACUAUAUAAAUAUUUAAUGUAAGAGUGACUAUUUUGGAAAUACACUGCUACAGUUUGUAUCAAAAUGUGGAUGUGAUUUUGAUCUUCAGUCUGUUAAUCUAAAUAAGGCAUGACUGAAGUUGAAUAAACAAGGCUAACAUGACCCCAUUUAAAACUAUAGCGCUUGUUGCUAGCUAACAUCACAUGUCUGACUCAAGCUUCCUGUUAGAUGUGUUAACCAUUCUGUUUUUCAGUGUGUGUUUCUUCCAAAAGUCCAUUUCUAAGUAAUAUAACUCCUUUGAUUUUAGCUUGUGUCAAAUGCAUAAACAAGCUCUUAUUUGUCAUCAACAGUUAAUCAAUGUGCAAAAUAUAGUAUUGUGAAAGGCUUGUGUGAACGAAUGUGAUAUGAUCCACAGGAGUAAAAAUUAAUGUCUGCAGAUAUUCUCUUUAGAAGAGGCACUGGAUAAUUUAUUUUUAAAAUUGUUUUUCCAAUAGACUUGUUAAAUCUAACCUACUUUGAUAUUUAAAAGGAUGCUUAUUUAAUAUCAAUAAUAUUAAUAAAGAUUCAUUCAAAUAGUUUAAACAGUUUUAAUGUGGGUGUUUCUAGGGAUUUUAUGCAUCUCAACCUGGUUAAACAACUCAGUUCUGCUUUUUGAGUCUGUGUUGCUGUCAUUUUUCUCACUACUGCUCUGUGUUACAAAUGCUACAGCAGAGUAGUUGUUACUAAAAGCUGUUUCCAUGAGAAUCUAAAAAUAAUGAGCAUACUUCUGUUUGGUUUUAAGGUUUGUAAGUGUUUUUGGUCUUUUAAUAAAAUCUCUAAAUUUUGGGCCAGA